AUGGAGACCGAGUUCAUCUUCCUUGGCACGGGCACCUCGUCGUCUGUGCCCGUCAUUCACUGUUUGACCGACGACCCGAAAAGACCAGAUUAUGUCCCCUGCCGCGCCUGCUUAUCCAGUCUCACGCCCGAGGGGAAGCACAACCGCAGACGUAAUACAAGCGGUCUGCUGAGGAUUAAGAAGCCAGGCAGAGACGCUCUCACGAUUGUCAUCGAUGCUGGGAAGACAUUCCAGGCAGCGGCGAUCGAGUGGUUUCCCAAGUACGGGCUGAGGAGGAUAGACGCACUGCUCAUAACGCAUGCGCACGCCGAUGCCAUGAACGGGCUCGAUGACCUGCGUGGCUGGACCCUCCGUGGGCGUAUACAACAUCACAUAGAUGUCUAUUGCAGCCAGGACACCUUCCGCGAGGUUGAGCGAUCCUUCCCAUACCUUGUGUCGAAGGCUUUUGCUUCGGGUGGCGGCGAUGUUCCGGAAUUCGUCUGGCACAUCAUCGAGGACGGCGUUCCCUUCCAAAUUGUGGACACGGACGUAUGGAUAACACCGUUCUCAGUGUAUCACGGUCGCGUCUUCUCCAAACCUCCAGAUCCCAUUCCUACCCCCGGUCCCACACAUCCGCCUACGCCAGUCAAUAACCCACUAGAGAAAUCUCCGGAGGAAGCCAGCUCCGACGCGAACAAGGAAUCUGCCACGCUCUCCCGCACCCUUGACAUCUCCCCAGCCCCCACGGCCUCAGGCGAAAUCGCCAUCGUCCAACCCCAGCCCAUCACCUUGCUCAAUGGCAAGGCACCGCCUCCCGACAACCGCAAUGUUGUUUCGCCCCCACCCUCCACCGAGCCCGGUAUCACACCCUACCUCUGCUUUGGCUUCCUCGUCCACGGCUUGCUCACUUAUAUCUCCGACACCAACUUUAUCCCGCCGUCCGCGUGGGCCGUAAUCAAGAAGCACCCAGUUUCGCCUCUCGCGGUCGUCGACACGCUCUACCUCGCCGAGCACGCAUCGCACUUCGGCAUCCUGAGCGCGAUGAGCACGGCGGUGAAGCUUGGCGCGCGGCGGACUUAUCUAGUGGGCAUGGGUCACGAAGUCGCGCACGAUGAGUACGAGACGUUGUGCGAGGUCGCGAGUGGGCAGCGCGCGCCGGAUGGGACGGUGCUGGAGAAGGGCGCUGCGCUCGGCCUGCAGCCCAAAUUGAAGGAAAACAUGACGGAGAAGGAGAUCAAGGGUAUCGAGCUGGCGCUCGAGGCGCUGAAAGGCGCGACCCCGUGGGUACGUCCGGCGCACGAUGGGCUGCACGUCAUCUUAGACAGCGAUGGCAAUGUUCAUGACGAGACGUACGAGUAA